AUGUCGUCGAGCUCCGUCCCGGCCAUGGUUGUGCUGGACGACUAUCUCGACAUUGCUACACCACAUUUUUCUCAUAUUCCUUCAUCACAGCUCUCAGUCACCACGUUUAAACAUGCACUCCCGCCUUUUAGCCAUCCAAGCACCUCGGAUGCCGACAGGGAAGCCGUCAUUGCCCAGCUCAGGCCAUAUACCAUCAUUUCCAGUAUGCGGGAGCGUACAUCAUUUCCGGGAGACCUCUUGCGCUCCCUCCCCAAUCUAAAGCUCCUACUGGCCACUGGGACCCAGUUUGAAACCUUUGAUCUUUCCACGGCCUCUAGCCAAGGCAUUACCGUUGCCGCAGCCCCGGGACGCGGACGUACCGAUGGCCGGACCUCGCAUAUCCCGCCCCGGCCCAAGCUGGAUAUAAAACAGGGCGGCAGCCACCCGGCAACCCAGCACACCUGGGCCAUGCUUCUGGCUCUAGCACGCAACGUGGCUGCCGACGACGCGGCCAUGAAAGGGACCUCCAAGGCAUGGCAGACGGGCCUGGCGACGGGUCUAACUGGCGCUACUCUCGGCGUGGUGGGACUCGGCCGGCUGGGGGCGGCAGUGGCGCGGAUCGCGACGCUGGCGUUUGGCAUGCGCGUCAUGUGCUGGAGUGAAAACCUGACGCAGGAAAAGGCGGACCGCAUGGCGCGCGACGUCGGAUUGCCGGCGCAGGGCGGGUGUGCCGUCGAUUCCCAAGGCAGCACUUUCAAGGCCGUGACCAAGGCCGAGCUUUUCGAGACGGCUGAUGUGGUUAGUCUGCACUAUGUGCUCAGCGAGCGGUCGCGCGGCAUUGUUGGGCAGCCAGAGCUGGAGAAGAUGAAGAGCUCGGCGCUGAUUGUAAAUACCUCGCGAGGGCCCCUGAUUGAUCAGGAUGCCCUGUACAAUGUCCUCUCGAAGGGUGAAAUUCGAGGAGCCGCGUUGGACGUUUUUGAUUUGGAGCCUCUCCCAGCAGAUAGCCCGUGGCGGUCGACGGAAUGGGGAACAAAUGGACGCGGAAGGCUCUUGAUUACGCCUCACAUGGGCUAUGUAGAAGAGGGUAUCAUGCACACGUGGUAUGAGGAGACUGUUGAAAAUGUCGAGAGGUGGCUCCGUGGCGAGCAAGUACUUUACAAACUCAAUUGA